AUGGAUCCUCCACCUCUUCCGAAUUCCACCUUCAGCGAACUUGCGGACAGUCAAACGAGUGGCCCGUCCCGAAGCCAGAGCUUCUCCCAGACAUCUGACGAUUCACACACAGCAGCUGAAUUCAUCGACAGCCAACUUAAGCUCGAGGCUGACGCGCGCGAAGCUCUUCCAUUCAAAUUCGAGACCUGCACGAAGGAAAUAGGCCCGCUGCGACAAGUUCUUUUCUCUUGUUUGACCUGUAAUCCUCCCCCGGCCAACCCGUCCGACCCGUCCAACUCAGCGGGUGUUUGCUACUCCUGUUCGAUACAAUGUCAUGGCGAACAUACAUUAGUCGAACUUUUCAACAAGAGGAACUUUGUUUGCGAUUGCGGAACGACUCGUUUACCAAUGACCUCGCCGUGCACUUUACGUCUAAAUCCCGCGACCAACACAAAGGGCGGCGUACAUUCUGAACAGCCAGUGGCAGACAAUAAAUACAACCAGAACUUCAAGAAUCGCUUCUGCGGGUGCGAAUGCGAUUAUGACGCGUACAAGGAGAAGGGGACGAUGUUCCAGUGCUUAGGACUUGGUACUGUUGAGACCGGAGGAUGUGGCGAAGAUUGGUGGCAUCCAGGAUGCGUUGUUGGAUUGGGACCCAAUUGGUAUGAAUCAGCAAGCCGGACAGCGACACCGAGAAAGCCGAAAACAGACGGACUGCUACAAUCCAUCACCGAGGUCACAGAAAACGUUGUUGACGGAGAAGGGAUGCCUGAUGCUCAGAAUGGAUCGAAUAGUCUUGGAGGCACAAUCGCUGGGGAACCCGAGGAUGAGGAUCCUCCACUCCCUCCUGGAUUUCCUGAUGAAGACGAUUUUGAGGGCUUCAUAUGUUACAAAUGUAUUGAUGCACAUCCUUGGAUUAAGAAAUAUGCUGGGGCUCCGGGAUUUCUUGCUCCUGUCUUCCGACGCAGCGCUGCCCCAUCUCCAGAGACGGGACUCCUUGGAAAGACGGAAGACGUGGUCUCGACCCUCAUCUUGAAUGCAAAGAAACGCAAGGCAGAUGAUGAAGAGGGUUCCGAGUCAUCUGGACCAUCCAAACGAGUCAAGGACGAGUCUGCUGAUCCAUCAGCCUCCACAGCUGCAGACCCAGCCUCCGCCCCGGUACCUGAAGCAGCUACAAAGAGCGAAGAGGAUUGUAAGACCAAGGCGCUACCUCCUGCGCCCACAGGCCAGAUAUCGCUAUUCUUCAAGCCCGACUUCCGAGACCACCUUUGUCGAUGUUCAGACUGUUUCCCGCUUCUGAAACCGCAUAGCCAGCUUCUUGAAGAAGAGACUAUCUACGAGCCAUCUAUGUCAGGAAGUGAGGAUGAUGCCGAGGGCAGCACUGUUGGAAGCGGCAGUCUUUACGAUCGCGGCGAAAGUGCACUCAAGAAUGUCGAUCGUGUCAGAGCCAUCGAAGGUGUUAUGGCAUACAAUCAUCUGAAGGAUAAGCUUAAACCAUUCUUUCAACAAUUUGCUGAAAGCGGCAAGGCUAUCAGUGCUGAAGAUAUCAAGGCUCAUUUUGCGAAGAUGCGAGGCGAUGAGCAAGCCAUCCGAGAAGCUGGUGAGGGUGCGAAGAACGCAGAUAACAGGAAGGAGCAGAGCGGAUAUUGA